CCCGUCACUUUCACAUCGGUUGUUGAACAGGUGCCACCAACAUCCAACAAAAUUCCACUCGCGUUCCGGUUGACCGAGCCACGCGAAAGGCACGAGCGUGGUGUAUAGCCACGUAUUCUUUACGGUUCCAGGUCAUACAUAAGUUUGUCGCUAAGUUUUUUUUUAUCGCUUUCAUUUGUAUUCUCGCUGCGGUUUCAUGUAUUUUACGGAAAUGGAGAUCACAAAGACGCAAAUAAGUUCUUGCGCGUACCGUUUACAGAUUUCGGAUAGCUUUGCGUCUCUACAGAAAGCUACGUCUCCAAGCAGCCCGGAGCGCGCGGUCAUGAAAAGGCAGCGUUGCAGCAGCCCGGAGCGCCUGAGGUGUACGCGCAGGUUGAACUUCGGAGCUCUUGGUCUCGGGGUCGCUCAGCAGCAGCAGCCGGUAGCUGUGGCCAGGCGUAACGAGCGAGAGAGGAACAGGGUGAAGCAGGUCAACAUGGGCUUCCAGACUCUCCGCCAGCACGUGCCCAACGGUGCGGCCAACAAGAAGAUGAGCAAAGUGGAGACGCUGCGCUCGGCUGUGGAGUACAUCCGCGCGCUCCAGCGGCUUUUGGACGAGCACGACGCCGUGUCCGCUGCGUUCCGGUGCGUUGUCCCGUCUCCCACGGUCUCGAGUUCGUGCUCUGCUGGCCCAGAGUCCCCCCGCUCCGCCUGCUCCUCUGACGAGGGCGGAUACGAGCAACUAAACUCGGAAGAACAAGAGCUGCUGGACUUCGCCGCAUGGUUCGACGGGUUCUAAUCACAGGUGUGUUUAUUCCUGUGGUGGUGCUGAAAAGAACAGCAGUAUUUCCGGUGCUCCGUUCCGGAGCGCGCGUUAUAUCAGAUCACGAUACAUGCGCGAGGAAAGUACCGGGCGGCGCGCGCAACACAAAAGUAACUUCCACUUGUGUUCUUCAGCCACAUGAACUCAAGGCCAAAAGUCUGGACACCCCCCAAUGAUGUGAUUGCAAGAACAUCUGGAGAAUAUGCGUGGCGAAUAUUGAUUACUGACUAAUACUCAGAGACUUUCAACUGACACACACACUCAAUAUAUAUGUAUGUAUGUAUGUAUGUAUGUAUGUAUGUAUGUAUGUAUGUAUGUAUGUAUGUAUGUAUGUAUGUGAUUUGAGAGAGAGAGAGAGAGAGAGAGAGAGAGCAAAGACAUGAGAAAAAAGGUGUUGGUGCAUGGUAGCAUGUGUAAACGCUAAAUCUGCAUUUGUACAGGCCAAGAGUGAACUGUAACAGAUAUUGCAUUUACAUUACACAAGCAGUGAGGGUUUUUUCUAUUUGAUUAGCGGCUUUUAUAUAAGUGUGCACUUGCGACUUUUCAUACAAACCUGUAAAUAUUAUUGUUUUAUAUAGAGAAUGCUUAUUUUAUGUAAAAUAAAGAUGUUAUUUAUUCAGAAA